UGGUCUCUGAUUCUUGUAUUCCCAGCCUUACUGACAAGCGUACCAUGCCGAGAUAAGUCUCUUGAAAAUGGCAAAGGCAAUCCUAUUUACCUGGGAGUAGAAGGCCAUAAACUGUGUCUGUGCUGUGAAGCUAGUGGAGGACAGCCCAUACUGAAGCUGGAGGAGAAGGACAUAAUGAAAUUAUAUCAUGCCCCGAAAGCAGAGAAGCCUUUUGUGUUUCACGUAAAUACAAAUGGCACCACUUCUACCUUUCAAUCAGCUGCUUAUCCUGGCUGGUUCAUCUGUAGUUCAACGGAGAAAGGGAAACCUGUCAAGAUGACCAAAGAUGUGGGAAAAGACAAUACAGCUUUCUAUUUUGACCCCAAGGUUUGAGCCUGGCCUGGACCAAGUAGCCUCAGUUCAACAAAAGGCUGGUCUGUUUGCACAGUAUAUUACAUGUUCCAAAAUACUUUCAUGGAUAUGAAUCCUGAGCCAGUGCUGGGUGACAGGAAACAUAACUAGGGUGUGUUCCUGCCUUCUAGGGGCUUAGAUUUAAUACCAUUGAGUUGAAUUAACCUCUAUGUAACUGUUGCAAUCAUUAAUAUAGAUGUUCCGUGUGA